AUAUUUCAAUGUGUUUACAAUAAUCAACUAUUCUAACAUGUGAUGCUAUAAAAGUGCACAAAAUCUUUUUGUACAUCAAUAUUUAUUUCCUUAGCUUUUUAGAUGCAAAGAAAAACACUGCUAAAAAUUCCUGCAUUUUCUUUUCUGGUGUCUGUCAUAUCAGUUUAUAACUGCAAUGGAAGGAAGUGAUAUAUACCGAGCAGGUAACAGUUUCCGAAUGGGAAGUUCUUCUACGACAGUUUGGAGAAACAGUACAAUUGAGGCUUUCUCAAAAUCUUCACGGCGUGAAGAAGACGAUGAAGAAGCUCUAAAAUGGGCUGCACUUGAAAAACUCCCUACUUAUAACCGUUUGAGGAAAGGUUUGUUGGCGACAUCGCAUGGAGUUGCCAAUGAGAUUGAUAUAAUAACUGAUCUUGGAUUUCAAGAGAGACAGAAACUGUUGGAUAGGUUGAUCAAUGUUGCUGAAGAGGGCAAUGAGAGGUUCUUGUUGAAGCUCAAGGAAAGAAUUGAUAGAGUUGGGAUUGAGAUUCCAACAAUUGAAGUUCGAUACGAGCACCUAAAUAUUGAGGCAGAAGCUUAUGUGGGAGGAAGAGCUUUGCCUACUUUGCUGAACUCUAUUACUAAUGCAGCCGAGAGUAUUUUGACUUCACUCCAUAUUUUCACAAGCAAAAAGAAACUUAUGACUAUCCUUAAAGAUGUAAGUGGUAUUGUCAAACCUUGUAGGAUGACACUUCUUCUUGGUCCUCCAAGUUCUGGAAAGACCACACUUCUUUUGGCUUUGUCAGGAAAGCUUGAUCCCAAUCUCAAGGUAUCUGGGAGAGUGACCUAUAAUGGACAUGAAAUGGAUGAAUUUGUACCACAAAGAACUGCUGCAUAUAUUAGUCAGCAUGAUGUUCAUAUCGGAGAAAUGACUGUCAGGGAAACCUUAGCUUUCUCAGCAAGGUGCCAAGGUGUCGGAUCACGUUAUGACUUGUUGUCUGAGCUGUCUAGAAGAGAAAAGGAAGCAAAGAUUAAGCCAGACCCAGAUGUUGAUGUCUUCAUGAAGGCUGUUUCAACUGGAGGCCAACAGGAAAGUGUGGUAACAGAUUAUGUACUAAAGCUUUUGGGGUUGGAUGUAUGUGCUGAUACUAUGGUGGGGAAUGAAAUGUUGCGUGGUAUCUCUGGAGGACAAAGAAAGCGAGUUACCACAGGAGAGAUGUUGGUUGGACCAGCAAAUGCUCUAUUCAUGGAUGAAAUAUCGACUGGUUUGGACAGUUCGACAACUUUCCAAAUUGUGAGAUCUCUCAGGCAAUAUGUUCACAUUCUUAAUGGAACUGCAGUUAUCUCUUUGCUUCAGCCAGCACCAGAAACUUAUGAACUUUUUGACGACAUUAUUCUUAUAUCUGAUGGUCAAAUUGUCUACCAAGGACCUCGUGAACAUGUUCUCGACUUUUUUGAAUCUGUUGGAUUCAAAUGUCCUGAGAGGAAAGGUGUAGCUGACUUUCUCCAAGAAGUAACUUCCGAGAAGGAUCAAGAGCAGUAUUGGGUAGACAGAGAAAAACCAUACAGGUUUGUAACUGUUACUCAAUUUUCUGAGGCAUUUCAAUCAUUCCAUGUUGGGAGGAAAAUUGGAGAUGAGCUUACAAUUCCAUUUGACAAAUCGAAGAGUCAUCCAGCAGCAUUAACCACUAAAAAAUACGGUGUUAACAAGAAAGAACUUUUAAAGGCUAACUUCUCAAGAGAGUAUUUGCUUAUGAAAAGAAACUCAUUUGUUUACAUCUUCAAGAUAUGUCAGCUUAUCCUCAUGGCAACAAUUACAAUGACACUAUUUAUAAGAACCGAGAUGCACCGUAAUUCGUUGAGUGAUGGAGGUAUCUAUGCUGGUGCUAUAUUCUUCACAGUAGUUAUGCUUAUGUUUAAUGGAUUGGCCGAACUUUCAAUGACCAUUGCAAAGCUUCCUAGUUUCUACAAGCAAAGAGACCUUCUAUUUUUUCCUUCAUGGGCAUAUGCUAUACCUACAUGGAUCCUCAAGAUUCCUAUUACAUUCGUGGAGGCUGCUGUUUGGGUUCUUCUCACCUAUUACGUAAUAGGGUUUGAUCCGAACGUUGAGAGAUUACUAAAGCAGUAUCUUCUGCUAUUACUGAUAAACCAAGUGGCUUCUGGACUAUUUCGAGCUAUUGCAGCACUUGGUAGAAACAUGAUCGUGGCCAACACUUUUGGGUCGUUUGCACUUCUAGCACUUCUUACAUUAGGCGGAUUCAUUAUGUCCAGAAAGGAUAUCAAAAGCUGGUGGAUUUGGGGUUACUGGAUUUCACCUUUAAUGUAUGGACAAAAUGCUAUAAUGGUGAAUGAAUUCCUUGGAGAUAGUUGGAAUCAUUUUACACCUAAUUCAAAUAAAACACUAGGAAUUCAAGUUUUGGAGUCUCGAGGAUUCUUCACAGACGCAUAUUGGUAUUGGAUAGGGAUUGGUGCAUUAAUAGGAUAUAUGUUUCUUUUCAACAUUUUAUUCACUGUGGCUCUCACUCACCUUAAUCCAUUUGACAAGCCACAAGCAACGAUAAAUGACGAAUCAGAAGACAGCACGACAAAUGGCACACUCCAAGAAGUUGAAUUACCGCAUAUAGCUAGUUCAGGAGAAUCUGAUAAUGUUGUGAACUCUAGCCAGAGGAAUAAAAGAGGAAUGGUUCUUCCAUUUGAACCACAUUCUAUAACCUUUGACCAAGUUGUAUAUUCGGUUGACAUGCCACAGGAAAUGAAGGUUCAAGGAGUAACAGAGGAUAGGUUAGUGCUUUUGAAGGGUGUAAGCGGUGCUUUUAGGCCGGGUGUUCUUACAGCCUUGAUGGGAGUUAGUGGAGCUGGAAAAACUACUUUGAUGGAUGUUUUGGCUGGUAGGAAAACUGGUGGUUAUAUCGACGGGACCAUAAACAUUUCUGGCUACCCUAAAAGACAAGACACGUUUGCACGAAUAUCUGGUUAUUGUGAGCAGAAUGAUAUCCAUUCUCCUCAUGUUACUAUCUAUGAGUCAUUGAUCUACUCUGCGUGGCUACGUGUACCGGCAGAAGUUAAUUCCAAUACCAGAAAGAUAUUCAUUGAAGAAGUAAUGGAACUAGUGGAGCUCAAUCCAUUGAGGAACUCAUUGAUUGGUUUGCCUGGUGUGAAUGGUCUUUCAACCGAACAACGCAAGAGGUUAACUAUUGCAGUUGAAUUAGUGGCCAAUCCAUCCAUAAUUUUCAUGGAUGAGCCUACAUCUGGAUUAGAUGCUAGAGCUUCCGCAAUUGUUAUGCGAACAGUUAGGAACACAGUUGAUACAGGAAGAACAGUUGUUUGCACAAUUCAUCAACCAAGUAUUGACAUAUUUGAAGCUUUUGAUGAGUUAUUCCUCAUGAAGCGCGGAGGACAAGAAGUAUAUGUUGGUCCAUUAGGUCGUCAUUCUAGUCAAUUGAUCAAGUAUUUUGAGAGCAUUGAAGGGGUUAGUAAGAUCAAAGACGGCUACAAUCCAGCAACUUGGAUGUUGGAAGUUACAAGUUCAGCACAAGAACUUACUUUAGGUGUUGAUUUUCAUGACAUAUACAAAAAUUCUGAUUUAUAUAGGAGAAAUAAACAACUUAUACAAGAAUUAGGCAAACCUGCUUAUGGUUCAAAGGAUCUUCAUUUCUCAAAUCAAUACUCACAGUCAUUUUGGGUCCAAUGUAUGGCUUGCUUAUGGAAACAACAUUGGUCAUAUUGGCGCAACCCGCCAUACACUGCUGUGAGGUUUUUCUUCACUACUUUCAUCGCCUUGAUGUUUGGAACAAUGUUCUGGGACCUUGGAAGGAAAUACUCAAGUAGACAAGAUUUGUUUAAUGCGCUCGGUUCGAUGUAUACUGCUGUUCUCUUCCUUGGAGUACAAAAUUCAUCGUCUGUACAACCAGUUGUAGCCGUUGAAAGAUCUGUCUUCUAUAGAGAAAGAGCUGCUGGAAUGUAUUCUGCCUUACCCUAUGCUUUCGCACAGGUUAUAAUAGAGUUACCUUAUAUUUUUGUCCAAGCUACAACAUAUGGUGUCAUAGUUUAUGCCAUGAUUGGAUUUGAGUGGACUCUAGUGAAAUUCUUCUGGUAUAUAUUCUUCAUGUAUUUUACAUUGUGCUACUUCACUUUCUACGGAAUGAUGGCUGUAGCAGUUACUCCAAAUCACCAUGUAGCUUCAAUCGUGGCUUCUGCAUUUUACGCGAUUUGGAAUCUCUUUUCAGGAUUUAUCGUUCCACGACCUAGAAUUCCUGUGUGGUGGAGAUGGUACUAUUGGGUAUGUCCUGUGGCAUGGACUAUAUAUGGAUUGGUUGCAUCACAAUUUGGAGAUAUAGACAACAUUAUGGAAGCAGAAAACAAGACAGUUCAAGAGUUCAUAAUAAGUUAUUUUGAUUUCAAGCAUGACAUGAUAGGUGUUUGUGCAGUUGUGGUUGUUGGGACUGCAGUUCUCUUUGCAUGUAUUUUUGCUGUCUCAAUCAAGCUCUUCAAUUUCCAAAGACGAUAAGCGAAAUUUUGUAAUGUAUAUUGGGGAAUUCUUUUUUGCAAAUGCACUUAACUAUAAUAGCGCUAUUCUAACUAACAAGUAGCUUGUUCUGCAAGCUAUUGUAUUAACACUAAGUAUUCUGCUACUACGUCAACUAGUGUUGGAUCCUUGCCUUCAUUAAGCUGUAAUACAAAGGUUAAGGCCUCUUAAUUAAUAGAUUAGUUGGCCAAGUAUAAAAGUAACAGUAGCAGUGCGGUAGUAAUUGUUGAGUUGUGUGUGUAAUUCAUAGCUGGAUUAGUUGUUACUUGUUAGUACUUGUUAGAAAGUUAGUUACAACUUCUUGUUAGUUAGUUAGUUAGUUAGUUACUUUGUGUGUUACUUGCUUUACAAGUAAGUUGUCUUUUCUAUCCUAUAAAUAAGGGACUAUGUAAUGUGUGACUCACAUCUAAUGAAAUUCACAUUACAAACCA